AUGACAUGUUUGGUUCUGCCCAAUGGUGGUUAUGUUAUCUAUCGUGUUGAUCAUCAGCACUCUGUUAGGACCGGUUCAGCGCUAUAUAAAGAGCCCGAGAUACCAAAAACGCAAUUGCCGAAGCCUGAAGUUCCAAAUGCUGAAUUGCCAAGGCAGCAAUUGCCCAAGCCUGAAUUGCUAAAGCUAGCAUUGCCCAAGAGAGAACUCCCUAAGCCAGAAUUUCCCAAUCUUGAAGUGCCAAAGACUGAAGUACCUAAAUCUGAAUCGCCAAAAAAUCAAGCAAAACCUGAGUUGCCAAAGCUUGACGCUCCAGCGUUGACGAAGCCUGAGUUGCCAAAACUUGAGGUACCAACUUUACCAAAAACUGUAUUACCACCUCUCCCCAAGGUCCCUACCGACCUACCCAAACCUGAACUGCCAUCGUUGCCCAAAUUCGAAAUUCCAAAACUGCCAGAAUUGCCUUCUCUACCAAAACCCGCACUUCCUAUGCUUCCUCACUCAACCAGCCCUUGA